AUAAUACCUUUUAAGUGAAUCCAGCAACAGCAGAGGGGGAGAAACAUCUUUCCAGCUAUGUUGAAGGGUCCAGUAUUGGCUGCAUGGCUGGUGUAUUUGCUGUGUCAUGGUCAUCCUGUGAAAUCCAAGGUGAUCUGUGGCGAGUCUGAAAUGACAGUAUGGUUUGAGAAGUACCCUGGAGUCAAAGAGGAGGAUUUGCGGCUCAAUGACCCCACCAACACCGCCUGCAAAGUCGGUGCCAACCGCGAUUUCGUGUUUGCUGUCGUCCCCCUCAGCGGUUGUGGCACACAGAUUGAGGAAAAUGGUGAAAACCUAACUUUCAAGAAUGAAAUCACCAACAACAAACCUGAUGUGGUGAUCACCAGGAAAUGUAUGCUGGAGCUGAAGUUCGAAUGCAAGUACCCCAAACAUGGAAAGGUCAAACAGAGCUACAGUGGCCACAGGGAGAAUGUCACAGUGUCGGAGAAAGACCUCGGCACGUUCACCUACCAAUUUGAAUUCUAUCCUAACAAAAAUUAUCGAACCCCGAAAAAAUCUAAAUUAUACCCUCUGAAGUGUGACUAUAAGCAAAGGAUUUACAUGCAGAUAGAGGUCACCUCCUCCGUCAAUGACACCGAGCUGUUCGUGGAGUCCUGCGGAGCGGCACCAUAUGACAACCCAAAUUACCUGCCGACCUACCCCAUCAUUGACAAUGGAUGUAAUGUGGACCCCACUGUUGAAAUCCAUUCCCCUGCCCACCAGAGACAGUUCCGGUUCAGCAUGGAGGCCUUCAGGUUCAUCGGCUCGGAUGAGCAGGUGUACAUCAGCUGUUCAGUCAUGAUGUGUAAAAUGGGGAGCCCCAACACCAGGUGCUCCCAGGGAUGCGUCAAAUCCAGAUCACAACGAGAUGAUCGGCAACAUCACCCCACAAAGAGAGAGGCUGUUGCUCAGAGUUCAAGGCACUUCAUUUCUCAGGGUCCCCUAAUCGUUGUGGGAUCGGCAGAGAGCACCGGAAGCCCAGUGAUCAACCUGAACCUGAACCUGGUUUUUAUCGCUGGAGGUCUCCUUGCAGCAGUUGGCCUGAUCAGUGCCGGGGUCAUCUACACAGCCAAAAUAUCAAGGGUCAAAUAUCAGCCUUUUGAAAGUUAAGACAGUGGCGUUCAGGGCUUUAAAUUAACCUGUUUGAUCACAAGCCAUUUUUAAAGUUACCAGCCAAUCAGAUUUUCCACUAGCAGCA